AUGUCUAUACCCGCCGCCUCCUACAUCACAGUGUCCAAGUCUAGAAUAGUGGAAAGUCUCUUGUCAUGGGCAGAUUCUGGAAUAGUGGCAAACAAAAAGAUUCAAGCAGAAAAACAAAAGGUGAUUAAAGAGAAAAAACGUGCAGAUUCGAAGAGGGCCAAAGCGGAAGAGCUAAGGGAGCUUGUAGAAAUUAAUCAAAAGAAGGCCAUGGAUGAAAAGUGUCGUGCUGAUAAUCUGUCUCAGCAGGUUGAAGAGCAUAGACAAGGGAUUGAGAGAUUACGAAAGGAGAUAGAUGAACUUGUAUCCUUGAGAAAGUUGGUUGAGGCUCCUGAUGACCUGUCUGAUAAAUGUAUGAAUGAUGAAACUGCAAAAGUGAAAGGUGGGUUUCCGGCAGGAAAAAGUAGUGCUGCUGAAGAAAGUAAACUUGCUGAUAUUGAACGAAAAAAGGUUGAGGAAAAUCUUAUUCAGUUGGAGAAGUUAAAGAGAGAAGCCGAUAACGCAAGAUCAAAAUUGGUUUUGGAGACAUUCAAGUCUGAAGAGGCAAACAAAAAGAUUGAGGCAGAAAAGAAAAAGGUGAUUACAGAGAAAAAACAUGCAGAUUCAGAGAUGGCCAAAGCAGAAGAGCUAAGGAAGUUUGCAGAAAUUAAUCAGAAGAAGGUCAUGGAUGAAAAGUGUCGUGCUGAUUAUUUGUCUCAGCAGGUGGAAGAGCAUAGACAAAGGAUUGGGAGAUUACAAAGGGAUAUAGAUGAACUCGUACCCUUGAGAAAGUUCGUUGAGGCUCCUGAUAAAUGCAUGAAUGCUGAAGCUCUAGAAGUGAAAGGUGGGCUUCGAACGGAGAUAUUAGAGAGAGAAGCUGAUGAGUCGAAGUUGGUUUUGGAGUACUUAAACUCUGAACAGGUAAACAAAAGGCUCAAGGAAGAAAAACAAAGGUGA